CUCCUUCGCAUAAACGCAGCCUUCCUCUUUUCGUUCUUCGCUUUCGAAACGGAAACUCAAAACUCUCUCCCAUUUAUAAACCUCUUCUCUUCGUCUCUCUCACAUUCCCAGAUAUAAAACAUCUCGAUUUUCAAACUCUUCCCGCUCCCCCAUCAAUCCUUCUACUAUUUCUUUUUCUUUAUCGCAAUUUUUCCAGAUCUUUUCUCUUCGAUCGACGGGAAAUUCAUCGCUCCACUCUAGGGUUUCCCCAUUUGCGAGAGAGAUUUACUAUAAGGAAUGGCAGAUCAAGGCUUGGAAGGAGCCCAACCCGUCGAUCUUAAAAAGCACCCUUCUGGGAUUGUUCCUACCCUUCAGAACAUUGUGUCAACAGUGAAUCUGGACUGCAAGUUGGAUCUUAAGGCCAUUGCUCUGCAAGCCCGCAAUGCUGAAUACAAUCCCAAGCGUUUUGCUGCUGUUAUUAUGAGAAUAAGGGAGCCAAAAACCACCGCAUUGAUAUUUGCAUCUGGGAAGAUGGUCUGUACUGGAGCUAAGAGUGAACAGCAGUCAAAAUUAGCUGCAAGAAAGUAUGCCCGAAUUAUUCAAAAACUUGGUUUUCCUGCCAAGUUUAAGGAUUUUAAGAUUCAGAAUAUUGUUGGUUCAUGCGAUGUUAAGUUCCCCAUAAGACUUGAGGGUCUUGCAUAUUCUCACGGUGCCUUUUCAAGUUAUGAACCAGAGUUAUUUCCUGGAUUGAUUUAUAGGAUGAAACAACCAAAGAUUGUGCUUCUCAUUUUCGUUUCUGGAAAAAUAGUUCUCACUGGGGCUAAGGUGAGAGAGGAGACAUACACGGCAUUUGAGAACAUAUAUCCAGUGCUUACAGAGUUUAGGAAAAACCAGCAAUGAUUAAGCCUUCUGGGAGUUGAUUGUCCUUCAUGCUUUGGUGACAAACAGACUGACUGUCACAUUAGACACAAGCUAGCCUGAAAGAAGUGUUACUUAUAGAGAGUUCGCUUCCUGUUCGAAGAUAUGGAAGGAGGGCUACUGAUAGAGCGUUUACAACAUGUCUUUUAGUGUCUGUAAUAAAAGGUGGGGGGGUGGGGUACUUUAGGCGGCAAAUGGAGGUGGUAGGAAGGAAGGUAGGAAGGUGUGGGAACUUUUUUGAUGCCGAUGUGUGAUGUUAUGUGAUCAAAGUGGGGGAGAUAUGAUAUCGUGUAUAGAACAAUUUUUGUUCCAUUAACUGACACCAGACCAUUAUGCAAUUUAUAUUAAGCUUACUACAGGUCAUCUUUAUAUU